UUCCAAAAUUGGAAUAAUAUUGUACGGUUCCUGCGAAUAUCAAACUCAGUUGGUUUUUGUACGUGUCGCGGCUUACAUACUACUUACGGAAGAGCGAAAAUAUUAAGUAAAAAUGCGCUUGUCUAAUUUGUGGUUACUGCUGAUCCUGCUUGGCAUGAUAAGCUACUCACUUGCACUUAGCGGUGUGUGCACAGCGAGAUAUCGCAAUCGACGUGUACGCGUUUGUUGUAAUGGAUACAAAAAAGUGGGAAAUGGGUGCAAACCUAUCUGUACGAAUGGCAAUUGUGUCAGGCCGGAAGUGUGUGCGUGUAAACCUGGAUACAAAAAAGUGGGAAAUGGGUGCAAACCUUUCUGCUCUGAGGGCUGUGUGAAUGGGCUUUGCAUUAAGCCGGACGUGUGUGCGUGUAAACCUGGCUACGAUAAACAAAAUAAUUAUCGGUGCAUACCACACUGCAAUAAGUGCACGGGAGGCUUCUGCAUUGCGCCAAAUGUAUGCAAGUGCAGUAGCGGCUAUGCCCUGAACGCCACUGGCGUCUGUGAUCCAGUUUGUACUCUCGGUUGUCCGAAUGGUCGGUGCGUUGCUCCGGAUACCUGUGAAUGCAGCGAAGGAUAUCUUAUGAGCGCUUCGAAUGUCUGUGAACCAGUUUGUUCCAGCGGUUGUCCAAAUGGUCGGUGCGUUGCCCCAGAUAUCUGUGAGUGUAGCGAAGGAUAUCUUAUGAGCGCUUCGAACGUCUGUGAACCAGUUUGUUCUAGCGGUUGUCCGAAUGGUCGAUGCGUUGCCCCAGAUACCUGUGAGUGCAGCGAAGGACAUCUUAUAAGCCCUUCAGAAAUCUGUGAACCAGUUUGUUCCAGCGGUUGUCCAAAUGGUCGGUGCGUUGCCCCAGAUAUCUGUGAGUGUAGCGAAGGAUAUCUUAUGAGCGCUUCGAACGUCUGUGAACCAGUUUGUUCUAGCGGUUGUCCGAAUGGUCGAUGCGUUGCCCCAGAUACCUGUGAGUGCAGCGAAGGAUAUCUUAAGUGUGCUUCGAAUGUCUGUGAUCCAGUAUGUUCCAGCGGCUGUCCGGGUGGUCUAUGUAUUGCGCCUAAUAUUUGCCAAUGCUUGGAGGGAUAUCUUAUAAACGGUUUGGAUAUUUGUGACCCCGUUUGUUCUACUGGAUGUUUAAAUGGCCAUUGCAUAGCUCCAGAGAAAUGUGAAUGUUUAGAAGGAUUUGAAAAAACCGAAAUGGGAACUUGUAAAGCAGUCUGUUUGAAUGGCUGUCUGAAUGGUCAGUGUGUUUCCCCAAAUACAUGUGAAUGUCUGGCAGGUUAUGUUUUGAAUAAAGAAAAUGAGUGCGCUCCAAUUUGUUCAAUGGGUUGUCAAAACGGUUCGUGUGUGGCGCCGGAGACAUGCAAGUGCAACUUUGGUUUUGCUAUGUCCCCGCUUAACAGUUGUGAACCUGUUUGUGAUGGUGGUUGUGUUGACGGUGAUUGCAUCGCACCCGGAGUUUGUAGCGGUAAAUCAUUCGAUACGGUAUUUAGCAGUAGCACUAUGGGCUCUAUUCUAACAACAACGUUACUGGCGGGCUCUUUUGAUAAUGACAACGAUAGCAUUGAUGACUUUGGUGAUAGCGGAAAAGGAAGAGACGACAGCGACUUUUUUGGAGACAGCAGUGAGGCCAAUACCUUUUUUGAAGCAGAGUAUCGUUGCAACCAUCGUUGUAUCCAUGGAACUUGUCACGGCGAUAGCUGUGUGUGCAACGAAGGUUAUGAGCUGCAUUCAGAGGAAGACAAAGAUAUCUGUGUUGCUAUCAUACCUGCAGGUCUGGACUCUUUUCACUAGCGGACCCGUCCACGUUUUACUGGGGCUGACACAUUGAUAAUAGUACUACUACCAUCUAUACUGUUCCUAUUAGUUAUGUUAUAACUAUUAAUUAAUGAGAUAAAACAUUUUUGUGCAGCAACUUAUGUUAGUUUACAAAAAAAAGGGAUAAUAAAGAAAUUCGUGUGUUAAUAAAUCAUUGCUUUUUGGGG